AAAUAUCUAAUAUUAGGUCUAAGUGUUCAAUAUUGAAUUUAUUAUUUAAUUUAGUAAUUUUAUAAAUUAUUCAAACAUUUCAGUUGUGUUAUUCAAAAUCGAUAGGGGUAAUUCUAUAGAAUAUAGUGUAGUGAAAUGACUUGAAUUAUCUCGACUAAGAGGUUAGAAUUUUAAUUUUCAUCACUGCGAGUACAGUAUUAAACAAUUCAAUUAUGAUUGUAUAUGCAUUAAUAGCUAGGACAAAAGAUGGAAUGGCUCUAUCAGCUACAACAGACUUUAACGAUGAAGUGAAUAAAUUUGUGAAGGAAAGUAAAAGAUACGUAAAGAUUGUAGCCAAAAAGUCUGGCCAAUACCCAGACAGGUGCACAGUAAAUUUCGGUGCACAUGAUUUACACUUCAUUUCUGGCCUUGGUGUAACCUAUCUUGUGUUAUGCGACUCAUCUCACCCACCAGUUCUUGCAUUCAGCUUCUUAAACGAACUAAUGAAAGAAUUUAUUACACAGUAUGAUAGUAUUCGUGUAAAUCUAGCUAGGCGUCCCUAUUCAUUCAUAGAAUUUGAUAACUUCAUACACAAGACGAGACAAAGGUAUAAUAAGCCUCAGAAUCUUCCAACGCGUAUAAAUUUGUCAGAUCUCAGUUGUGAAAUGAAACUGCGACCACCGUUCAUCAUUCCUUUCUCAGAAAUCGAGCCAGUACGCAACGGUUACAGAGUUAUAAAUGCUCCUCAGAUGGGCGUUGGGCCACCUCCAAAACUAGAACCUAUGGAUUGGUAUGCAGCUGUAUCUAUACUUCCCACCUCAUUGUGUGUGAUGCUAGGCAUGUACCGAGGAUUUUCCGCGCUCAGUGAGUCUGCCCUAGAGCAGAUCUAUACUGAUCGGGGUGUACUGGAGUACGAUGGACCAAGUCCUACACAUGGAUUGGUGUUUCUCUUCGAAGGCUUCUUAAGAAUAUUUCAGUUAUACCUUCUGGUGUAUCACUCCAGGUACAGGAUAGUGGAAAGUUGGGUUUGUAUGAUUCUGUUGGUAUGGAGUGUAUGGCUGGUAUGGGAUUUGCGAGACACCGUUCAGAAACUGUUUUUUAUUGCCAGUGCAAUAGGAUCACAUAUUAGCACUAUUUCUCGACGUCUUAGUCUCAAGCUACCUGAAUAUAAUGUAUGAUCAUUAAUUAAACUAUUAUGUAUUUUUCUAUUAAUUUUGUUAUCAAUACAUGUAUUUUAUGCACUAGGACAGUGUUUCCUGCAUGCAUUCUUGUUACCUAUUAUAAUGUUCGUUUUGUUUUCCAAUACAGUAUUUAAAUUUUCAA